AUGGUUCUUCUGCCUUCUCUUUUUCUCCUUCUCUUACUCAACUUCCAUGGCUAUGAGGCUCAAGUAACCGAGCUUCCAUUGAGUAAUCUUCAUACUUACAUUGUCCAUGUGAAGAAACCGGAGGUAGUUGAUGAUCUUGAAAUUUGGCAUAGAUCAUUUUUACCAACGAGUUUGGACAACGAAGAGGAGCAACCGACGUUGCUGUAUUCAUACCGAAAUGUCAUGAGUGGUUUUAGUGCAAGACUUACUGAAGAACACGUUAAAGCGAUGGAAGAGAAGGAUGGUUUUGUGUCAGCUAGACGUGAAACGAUAGUGCAUUUGCACACGACUCACACUCCUGAUUUUCUAGGAUUGAACCGUCAAUUUGGGUUUUGGAAAGAUUCGAACUUUGGAAAGGGAGUGAUCAUAGGAGUGUUAGAUGGUGGAAUCACACCAAACCAUCCUUCAUUUGAUGAUGCGGGAAUGGCGCAACCACCAGCCAAAUGGAAAGGAAGAUGUGAGUUUAAUUUCUCUGCUUGUAACAAUAAGCUUAUAGGUGCAAGAUCUAUGAAUCUCGCAUCACAAGCCUUAAAGGGAAAGAUAACAACAUUGGAUGACUCUCCUAUUGAUGAAGAUGGCCAUGGAACUCACACGGCGAGCACUGCUGCCGGUACUUUUGUUGACGGUGCUGAGGCACUAGGGAACGCUUUCGGUACUGCUGUUGGGAUGGCACCGUUAGCUCACCUUGCCAUUUACAAAGUUUGCUUUGGAGAAGAUUGCUCUGAUGUUGACAUUCUUGCAGGACUCGACGCUGCUGUUGAAGAUGGUGUUGAUGUGCUCUCGAUAUCACUCGGGGGCCCAUCAGUACCAUUCUUCGCAGACAUUACGGCCAUAGGUUCAUUUGCAGCGAUUCAAAAGGGGAUUUUUGUAAGUUGCUCAGCUGCUAAUUCAGGUCCUUUUAAUGCCACAUUGUCCAACGAAGCUCCAUGGAUUUUAACAGUUGCAGCUAGCACAAUUGAUCGAAAAAUCACAGCGACUGCAAAGCUUGGAAAUGGAGAAGAAUUUGAUGGCGAAUCUCUGUUCCAGCCAAAUGAUUUUCCACAAACAUUAUUACCACUUGUUUUCCCUGGUGAGAAGAAUGAAACGGUAGCAUUAUGUGCAGAAGGAUCAUUGAAAAACAUUGAUGUAAAAGGGAAAGUUGUAGUAUGCGAGAGAGGAGGAGGAAUUGCAAGAAUUGCGAAAGGGGUUGAAGUGAAAAAUGGUGGUGGCGCAGCCAUGAUCCUUCUCAAUGCGGAAUCAGAUGGCUUCACUACUGAAGUAGAUGCUCAUGUUCUUCCGGCAAGUCAUGUCAGCCACACAGCGGCACUGAAAAUCAAAGCCUACAUAAACUCAACAACAUACCCUACAGCCACAAUCUUAUUCAAAGGAACCACAAUUGGUGAUGACUUCUCUCCAGCCAUAGCUUCUUUCUCAUCUCGAGGUCCCAGCCUCGCAAGCCCCGGCAUCUUGAAACCGGACAUAACUGGUCCUGGUGUCAGCAUUUUAGCAGCAUGGCCAUUCCCAUUAGACAACAACACAAACACAAAAUCAACAUUCAACAUAAUUUCAGGAACAUCCAUGUCUUGUCCUCAUCUCAGUGGCAUUGCAGCUCUGAUCAAAAGUGCUCAUCCUGAUUGGUCACCGGCUGCCAUUAAAUCCUCUAUAAUGACAACCGCUAACAUAACAAAUCUUGAAGGCAACCCAAUUCUUGAUGAAACUUUGCAGCCAGCGGAUUUGUUCGCUAUUGGAGCAGGUCAUGUAAACCCAUCAAAAGCAAUAGACCCAGGAUUGGUUUAUGACAUUCAACCUGAUGAUUAUAUUCCUUAUCUUUGUGGAUUAGGAUACACCAAUAACCAAGUUUCACUUAUUGCUCAUAAACCAAUUGAUUGUUUAACAACAUCAAGCAUCCCAGAAGGAGAACUCAACUACCCAUCCUUUAUGGUCAAAUUAGGACCGGUGCAAACAUUCUCGAGAACGGUUACUAGUGUUGGCAGUGGACGUGUCGUUUAUAACGUCGUCAUUGAAGCACCGGAAGGGGUUUCUGUAACAGUCCGACCAAGGAAGCUAAGUUUCUCGGCAUUGAACCAAAAAGCAACGUAUUCAGUAACGUUUAAGAGAAGUGGUUCAAUCAGUCCCUCGAUUGAGUUUGCUGAAGGAUAUCUAAAAUGGGUUUCUGCUAAACACGUAGUUAGAAGUCCGAUAUCUGUUAAGUUUGUAUGAGUUUGGUUUAAACAAUGACAGACUUGCAUUUUUCAAGGUUGUAGUAAAUCGUUUAACUAUAAUAAAACCAAUCUAUGUUACCAUAAA